ACAGUAGCACCCAGCACCUCCUGCUGCCGGGAGUUUCUUCCUCCGCCCGUUCGCCGGAGCUUUUGCCUUUCCCAUGGAGCGAAGGGUCACCUGCGGACUGUGGCUGGCCGCCCUCCUGUCGGGAUGCGCGCGGCUGUCGGCCUUCAACCUGGACACCGAGAAUGUGUUGAAGAAGACCGGAGACCCGGGCAGCCUGUUCGGCUUCUCUCUCGCCCUGCACCAGCAGCUCCAGCCGGAGGAUAAACGCAUGUUACUGGUUGGAGCUCCAAGAGCAAAAUCCCUGAGUGGGCAACAAUCUAAAGUGACAGGAGGACUCUACAGCUGUGAUAUGUCCACUCCCUCUGGUCCCUGUUCCAGAAUUGACUUUGAUAACGACGAGGAUUUGAGUAAAGAAAGCAAAGAAAACCAGUGGAUGGGAGUGACAGUGAACAGUCAGGGACCAGGCGGCAAGAUUGUGACCUGCGCCCACCGCUACCAGCGUCGCAACAACGUCAACACACCCCUCGAGUCCCGCGACAUCAUCGGCCGCUGCUACACGCUGAGUCAGGACUUAACGAUCAACUACGGAUUUGAUGGAGACGGAGGUGACUGGCACUUCUGUGACAACCGUCCCAGAGGCCAUGAGAUGUUCGGUUCGUGCCAGCAGGGCCUCUCGGCAACAUUUGAUAAAGACUACCACUACGUCAUCUUUGGCGCUCCUGGAGCUUACAACUGGAAAGGCGUGGUGCGUCUGGAACAGAAGAAUGACUCAUUCAUAGAAAUGGGAAUUUACGAUGAUGGUCCAUUUGAGGCGGGAGAUGAACGUGAAAAAAAGCCUGAGCUGGUCCCUGCUGCUCCCAACAGCUAUAUGGGAUUUUCUCUGGACUCAGGAAAAGAUCUGACCACGAAGGGCCAGCUGACGGUGGUGGCCGGCGCUCCGAGAGCUAACCACAGCGGAUCGGUGGUGCUGCUGAAGACAGGCGGCGACACGAGCAACAUCAUGGUGGCAGAGUACACCCUGGACGGAGAGGGACUGGCCUCAUCGUUUGGCUACGAUCUGGCCGUGCUGGACCUGAACAAGGACGGCUGGCAGGACAUCGUCGUGGGAGCGCCUCAGUACUUUGAGAAAGACGGCACGAUCGGAGGAGCUGUGUAUGUCUACCUCAACAAAGGCGGAAAGUGGAACAAAGUCACGCCCACCAGAAUCAACGGACCCCAGGACUCCAUGUUUGGCCUGUCCGUGGAAAACCUGGGAGACAUCAAUCAGGACGGUUAUCACGAUUUUGCUGUGGGCGCUCCAUAUGACGACGACGGCGCAGGGACGGUUUUCAUCUACCAUGGAUCAGACACAGGAGUCUCGUCUAAAAAGGCUGCGCAGGAGAUUUCUGGUCGGCCCUUGAACGUGAAACUGUUUGGUUACUCGCUCGCAGGCAACAUGGACCUGGAUAAAAACUCUUACCCGGACCUGGCGAUCGGAUCGCUCUCUGACGCGGUCUUUGUCUUUAAGUCACGCCCAGUUAUUAACAUCAAGAAGGAAAUCAAGUUCAUACCACCAGAAAUCGACCUUACCAAGAAGAAUUGUGGCAACACCUUCUGUUUAGAGGUCCAGGCAUGCUUCACCUACAGUGCCAACCCCGACAACUAUGCACCCAGACUGACGGUGGCGUAUUCCCUCGAAGCAGACGCCGACCAAGUAAAGAAAGGACUCAGUCCCAGAGCCACCUUCACUGGCGUCUCUGGAUCUGAUCCCAGCCAUAAAGCCAAGGGGACUCUCGUCAUUGACGGCAAAGGAAAAAAAAAGUGUAUCAACCCAAAGCUUGCCAUACAGGAAAAUAUUCGGGACAAACUCCGUGGCAUCCCCAUCGACGUGUCUGUGGAAAUCCAGGACUCGAAGCGUAAACGCAGGCAGAGUUCAGGCUCGCCGGGGCCGGUCCUGGAUGCCAACGAGCCUUCGCUGACGCGAUCAGAGGUGGAUUUCCUGAAGGAAGGGUGCGGCACUGACAACGUUUGCCAAAGCAACUUGCAGAUCACAUAUCGCUACGGCCACAGGACACCGGAUGAAAAAUCAUUCACUCCUUUGGACCUCGAGAACGGAGUGCCGGUGAUCUCACUCAGCGACCAAAAAGACGUCGCCCUGGAGGUCAAAGUGACCAAUCUGAAUGGAGAUGAUGCGCAUGAGGCUUCGGUGAUCGCUUCCUUUCCUCGUUCUCUGACUUACUCUACUUACCGCAGCGCACCUGGAGGGUUGCCAGUAACCUGCAUUGCCAAUAGAAAUGGAUCCAUGGCUGACUGUGAACUCGGAAAUCCCUUCAAGCGUGAUGCAGAGGCAACUUUCUACAUUAUUUUGGGUACAUCCGGCAUCUCCCCCAGCACUUCUGAACUGGAGAUUGAUCUUCAGCUUGAAACAACAAGCAACCAGCAGAAAAUACCUCCGAUUAAAGCGAAGGCAAAGGUGGCCAUCAUGUUGCAGCUCUCUGUAUCAGGGAAAGCACAGCCUUCACAGGUCUACUUCACCGGAGACGUCAAAGGCGAGACGGCCAUGAAAACCGAAGCUGACAUCGGCAGCGCCCUCAUACACCAGUUCAGAAUAAUCAACCUUGCAAAGCGCUUGGCCGACUUCGGCACUCCCACCCUCAACAUUGACUGGCCAAAGGAGACGGAGGAUGGAAAAUGGCUCCUCUACCUGAUGAAGAUCAGCUCCACGGGCAUCGAGCAGAUGGAAUGUACUCCUAAAGCGGAGGUCAACCCCCUCAACAAGGAACCGGUUAACAGCAGAUCGAGAAGAGCAGCAAAAAACAGCCAGAAAGAAGAGGGAGGCACUAUUUCUCGUUUAAUGGAGGGCAGGAACUCAAAGACUCUGGCCUGUGGCAGUGGGGCAAAGUGUGUGAGAAUAAAAUGCCCCCUGCGGGGCAUGGACAGUACUGCAGUCAUCACUCUGAAAUCUCGCCUGUGGAACAGCACCUUCAUAGAGGAUUUUUCCAAGAUACAUCACACAGAGGUGAUCGUGAACGCUUCUAUACACUUUGACAAGGCAGCAAAGAACAUCGUGCUGCGUAACGAUGAAUCGCAGGUGACGCUGACAGUGUUUCCAGAGAGGCGCGAGGCUCAGUAUGGAGGCGUGCCGUGGUGGAUCAUCGUGCUGUCCGUCCUGCUCGGCCUGCUGCUGUUGGGCCUGUUGGCUUUCCUUCUGUGGAAGUGUGGCUUUUUUAAGCGUGCCAGAUAUGAAGAAAAGGUUCCCAGUUACAGCGCGGUUCGGAUCAGACGGGAGGAGAGAGCGACAAACCCCGGAAACGGUAACUGGGAAAACGUAGAAAAGAAGCCCUGGAUGACAACCUGGCACGACAACGAACACUACUCUUAACAUCCCAUCAGAUCUAAGUCCACAGGAAUUCACCGUCACACACUGACAAACUUCAGUUUCACUAACGUUUGCUGCCCCGCCUUUUGCACAGUGAGAACUGUAAAUAUAAAAAAAUAUUUGAUUAUUGAAUUUUUUUUUAGGGCGAUUACUGGAUCAACAUUUUGCAUGAGGGGCUUUUUGUUUUCUUGCUUGAACCAAGUCUGUAUGAAUCACUGGGAGGACAGUGGCAGGGUGUGGAGACAGUCAUACACGGCUUCUGUCAGAACUUUUCGGUUUGUUUUGUACAUUCAGCGUUGCUUCGGGGAGGUAUGGAAAAGAAUUCCUCUAUGUUUUGUACAUUUUUUUUUUUUUAAAUGUUUUGCUGAAUUGUUUGUAUUUAUUCUUGCGAGGAGGACGUUGUUACGUGCUCUACAGGCCAAAGACUCGAGCAAUGCAUCAACAGGUGAUGUUUUAACUACAGUGUGCAAAUGUUCACCCAUUCCCAAGAGCCUUUUUUAAUCAUUUCAAUGGUGUAUCUGCUUGAAAAGUUGAUGCAUUUUCCCCCACAUUCAAGUUGUCUGACUGUACAGAUACUGUAACUUAUGCUCAGUUGUUCAGCAUUGGGGUUGUAAAUACGCCAACAAGCCACUUCAUCAAGAAAAGAGUGCAAAAGAACAAAGUGUUUCUUAAAUACAUUUUUUAAAAACUUG